AUGGACUCAACAUAUAUGGGUCCUACUUCGGUCCAAGGCCAGCCUACAUUCGCAUACUAUACCGACUCACAGAGACAAGGUCACUAUCAGUCAGAUGUUCCUUACUACAGCCAAAUGCCAUACGGAGCCCAAGAGCAACUCUACUCAUCCCAGCCCAUGAUGAACAUGCACCAGAUGGCUACCACCAAUGCCUUCCGCGGUGCCACCAUGAGCUUGACCCCCAUUGCGUCUCCCCAGCCCUCGCAGAUGAAGCCGGCUAUCAUUGUGCAGCAGGGCUCUCCCGCCUUGAUGCCUUUGGAUACUCGGUUCAUGGGUCAUGAUCUGUACUUCCCUUCGACCCCUCCACUCUCAGCUUCGGGAAGCACCAUCAGCAGCCCUCCAUCUGCCCAUGGUGCCCUACCAACCCCGAUCCAUGAUACAUUCUUCACCUUUGAUAAGGUGGAGGGUGUCAAGGAGGGAUGCGAGACAGACGUGCACCAGGAGAUCCUGGGUACUCCCGAAUGGGCGCGUUCUGAAUCGCCUCCGAUGACGCCUGGUAAUCUUCAUCCACCCCCUUCUCUCACUCACAUGCACACCUCGGACCUUUUGUCCGCAACCUCCUGCCCCUCGCUUUCCCCAUCCCCCUCACCCGUCCCCGCCGACAUUCUUGCCUCCCACAGCCUUGGGUCUAGCCAGUCUUUUUGUGACCCCCGUCAGCUCACCGUUGAGCCCUCUGUCAAUAUCCACACCCAGGAUCUCCCUCCUCUGCCGACUCUUUCAUGCGAGGAGGAAGAGCCUCGCGCCGUUGUCGCCAGUGCGUCUGUGACGCUUCCCGUCAAUGAGAACCCAUCUCCCUCUUACAGCUCUUCGACCCAGGAUCCCCUGAGCUCGCUCCCAACUUUCGACAGUUUCUCGGAUCUCGAUUCCGAUGAUGAGCUGAACCGUCUUGUGGAAUUCCACCCUGCCGCCAAUGCCAUCUACAUGCCUGACAAGCGCCAGCGUAUGCACGCCUACACAGUAGAGGAUGAUGGAUUCCUGAGCGAGCACAGCCUCGAGGAUUCGGAUGACUCUGAGACCUUCAUUCCUAAUGGUUUGCCCUCUUUCGAAUGGACCCAAACCGCCCAGCCUCAGAUUCAGACCGAGGAGGAGCACGUCGAGGAGCCCAAGACCAAGAAGCGCAGCAACCGCAAGUCCCGAAAGACCGUUGCUGACGAAGAGGCCGAAGCAAAGGCGCUGGCCGCCUGCGAGUCCUCUGGUGACUGCUGCUCGGAUGAUGGAUCAGUAGAUGACUCCGAGUCCGCUCCCGUGUCUGUCAACCGCCGUGGUCGCAAGCAAUCUUUGACCGAGGACCCAUCCAAGACCUUUGUCUGCACUCUGUGCUCGCGUCGCUUCCGCCGCCAGGAACACCUCAAGCGCCACUACCGCUCCCUCCACACCCAGGACAAGCCAUUCGAGUGCAAUGAGUGUGGUAAGAAGUUCUCUCGCAGUGAUAACCUCGCCCAGCACGCUCGCACCCACGGCGGUGGCUCCAUCGUUAUGGGGGUUCUCGACACAAGUGAUGCCGGCUCUGUCUCGUAUGACGAUCAACAUGAUGCCGGCGCACUUGGCCAAGUUAUGUACGAGGCUGCCCAGUCGAACGAGACCACCAGUGCUCCCUCUGGGGACCGCCGAGCGGCCAAGAAGCGCAAGCGUGAUCUGUCCUAA